AUGCUGUUUCCGUGGCCAUUCAUGACCCACAUUUCAUGCCUUUUUGGUCUAUUCGGACUUCAAAGAGCCCGUAUCUCACGAACCCCUCUUCCAAGUGCCCACAAGCGAUGCAAACGCAACGGUCUUCACUUGAAAGCUGAUACCUUGCAUAGCCGGAUUGAAAUAGUGCAUCGUGUCACAACUCCUAUUCUCGACCUAAGCGGCACUAUUGCCCCACACCUUUUCCACCCACUGGCUAAUACAUUGGCUGCAGGUGAUCAAUCUUACCGUCCAUCGCCAAUCACCGCCCGGACUCGGUCAUGUUUCGUGGCCGUGCACGAAAUUGCUUACGAAGUUGUCUUCAGCCUGGCCGGCAGGUAG